ACAUCAUCCGUACCUCUGAACUUGAAUUCACCCUCUUUCUUUCUUUUUUUGGUUUUCCAAAAUCGUAUUUUUCUUCUUUGCCUUCCCCAUUUAUGAGCCUUUUGAUUGCGGGAAGGUAAGAAACAUUGGUUUUGUUCAGAAGGAAUCAUGAAUUAAAUGUUUAGUUCUAAGUUUGAAUUUCCCUUUUCCGUAUAUCUUCAACGUUUGGAACUUUGAAAAUAUGACUUGUGUUCUGUGCCCAAUUCCCAAUUUGUCUGAAUUUCGGGUAAUGGAUAAAUGGUUGCAUUUAAGUAAAAAUUUGAAAUCUUGUUGUGACAGUUGAAAUUGGUAGAGUUAUUAAAGAACCAGGAACUACUUUCAAACAAGGCAGUUAAUGUGGUGACUUAACUUCUCUCGUGCUAGUUGUUGGCCCUUUUUUUAUUAUCUUUCCUUAUUCUUCUCACCAACUGUUUUUUUCUUCCCAAGUUCACUCUCCCAAGUUUUCUUGCUGCUUCUUCCAUGGCUUCUCUCCUAAUGGGUCUUCUCGCUAUCUUCAAAGUUCUCAUCUUUCUCACUUUUGUUGCUGUUGGGUCCACAGAGACAGGCAUUUCUCUCCGGUUUCUCCAGACGCCGCCUGCGUGGUCAAGGUCUUCAACAGCUGUUUUUCGGUAUGAGGUUCAGAGACCGGAUAGGUCUGAUGCAUGCAAGAACGAACAAUGUUCGUUUGUUUGUCAGCUUGAUGGGCAGAUUCUGAGGCAAUGUCCUGCUUCUGUCUUGGUGUUAAAAAAUUUGACUGUAAAUCAACAACACGAGUUGCUUGUCAAGGUGAAGACAUCGAGUAGAGUGAUGAAUUCAUCGGCUCAUUCUUGGUUCAUUGACACAAUCCCACCAACUGCAAGACUAUCAAGUUCUCAUAACUACACGAAUGGUAAGAGAAUCAGCGUUGAUGUUACCUUCAGUGAGCCCUGCAGAGGAAAUGGUGGUUUCAAGUGCCUGAACUCAUCAUACUGUGAUGUUAUUGCAUAUGGCCCUUUUCAAGUUGAUGCUUUAUCUCUUCAAAUCUUGGAACCAAACACUAAAUACAGACUCGAUGUCAUCAUUUCCUCAGAAAGGUUGAAAGAGCGUGGGGUAGUUACCAUGAGAGACAGGAUUUGCACAGAUAUGGCAGGAAAUGACUUCAGAAGGACCAACAGCUCUGUAUUAGUAGUUCAUUUCGAUAGGAGACCAGUGCUGGCUGAUCUAUGGACUUCGGUUCCGUCCUAUCAGCUGAAUAUUAAUGAGGUCCCUCGAACUGUCUUCGCCACCAACAAAAUGUCAGAACUCAAGUUUUUCUUGAACUUCAGCAUUCCGGUUCUGAACACAACAGACGAGGUUCUGGAUGCGUUUUCUGUCAGCUCAGGGGGCUUGAUCUCAGUUCAAGACUUGGACAAUAGGACUCACUGGUUUGCUUUCGCACUCAAGAACGUAACAAAGACUGGAAUAAUUACGAUAAAGCUAAAUACUGGUCUGAUAAUCGGCAAAACUGGAACUCCUGUGUCAGCUGUCUCUCCUCUAAUUCUCCUUUAUGACUGGGUGCAUCCGGGAGUAAUGUUAAGUGCAAGUUCAUCGGUUUUGACAGAGGAACCGAACAUCAACAUUGUUAUUGAGUUUACGAAGCCAGUUUUUGGCUUUGAGGCCUCAAUGGUUGAAGUUUGUGGAGGUAGACUUGCAAGGUUUCAGGAACUCUCUCGAGCUUUGUACACUCUGACUGUCUUCUCUUCAGCUCAGGAAUUGGUUUCCGUCAAAGUUCCUGCUGAAAAGGUCAAAGACAUUUCAGGGAAUCCGAAUAUGGAAUCAAACAUGCUUGAAGUGAAGCAUUAUCUGAGACCUCCAUUAUCGACAGCUUUACAUUCCUUUGUGACUGCUGGAACUCUGGCAACUUCUGUUGCUUCGGUUCUUCUCUCUCUUUCGGCAGCAAAUCUCGAGAGGAUAAGGACUUCUGAUUCUUUGUGUACAAGCAUAACCUCUUCUGACCCAUCAACUAAUCUUCAUGGAAUGCUAGGGCAUCUGCAAGUGUUUGUUCUAUUAGACUGGUUCAUACCUGUUUCACCUGGUGAGUAUUCGGAGACAAUGAAAGGUCUCAGAUGGCUCAUACCUCGUCAAAAGAUUCCAUGGAAGAAUCAGAACCGUCCGAUCUGGCCUGACCGAUUUGAUUCAGCUGGAGAGAAGUUUACAUACCAUUCAAUGAACGUUUCUGCUAGCUCCAAUUCUACGGAAUCUUCUUAUAAGCAGAGCGAAGAAAAGUUUCUGAUUAAAAGCUCUGAUGUAGCUUAUGGUAAAAGCAACUCAAGCACGGAGAGCUCGAAUGGAUUACCACUUAACUCAGCCGAGUAUUUCACCUAUUUCUUGAGGGGUGAACCAUUAUCGUCUCAAAAUGUGAUCAGGAAGUUGGAGAAUCACAAAGGGUGGAAAGACUUGAAGAUGAAUGUUUUCUGGCUUGGGAUAGCAGGAUUGAGUUUUAUCACCAUUCGUGUUCUGCUAUCCCUAUUCUUGAGAUGCAGGACGGGAGAAUCGGCUCUUGGGAUGCUCUCGACACCUCAGUUUGAGCUGCUCUUUUUAAUUCUGGCGCUUCCUUGCCUUUCCCAGUCUUCUGCAUUUGUAAUAAGAGGCGGUACACCAUGGGGUAUAGUCACUGGAGCUCUGUUGUUAGCUGUUCCGGCUGCAUUUAUCCUAUCAGUCUGCCUGUUCCACAUUGUCGCUGUCUUCUCAGGUAGUUUCUUGGAGUACAGAGAAGCGAGGAAUGUGACUGAAGACAACAUCUCAUGGUGUAGAAAGGUCUUCUCGGCCGUACUGUGUCGGAAAAGUACAGGAAAAUGGUCUUGCAGAGAAGGCCUACCUUCUUCAACCCUCUCUUGCUUCUCCAUUCUAUUUGAGAACCAAAAGGGUCCUCCAGUUUACGAUCAAAACGGCAUCGGCGAGGAAAUCAAGGCCUCAGGUCUCAGCAGGAUCACGGGCUGUGCCAGAUCAUUCUUCAUCAUCAUAGAUUUGGCGAGGAGGGCUUAUCUAGGGUUUAUCUCUGGAAUAUCAACAAGAUCAGACAGAUCCAUACAAACCCUUUCAGCCAUUGUUAUCACCUCAGCACAGCUCGUGUAUCUGUUUGUUCUCAAGCCGUACACCAGAAGAGGUGUUCAAGUGGUGGAAGCUGUUUCUCUCUUCUGCGAGGUGGCUCUCUUCGGCAUGGCCAUGGCAUUCAAAGAAGUCGGUCAUAUCGGGUUCAUCAUGUUAGCCCUCUUCUUGAUCGUCUUUGUUGUUCAACUGGUGAAUGCGUGGCAUGCGCUCGUUAGCUUCAUCAUCAAACUCUCGGACCAGCCCGAGAACAACCCAUCCCUCAGGCUUGGUUUUAGGUCAGCUCUCAAGGGUCUAACGGUGCCUUGCCUCCCAAGAAACUUCUGGUCAAGCUCUUCAACACUCAAAAUGGAAGCUGAAACUAGGGAUCGUAGAAUAGGUUCUCGGGCUGAGUCAUUUCGUGCUAUGACCGCAUCAGUCAUGCCCUUGCAGUGCAGUCCUCCUGGUUUUGGUACGGACGCAACACGUGGGGGAGACAUGAAGAAGCUAAGAGAAAUGGCAAAAGCUAGUUUCUAGUUUCUGAAACUACUUUAAUGGCGGAAACAAACAGAGGAAAGGGUCUUUACCUUGGAGACCCAGGAACUGAAUUUUUGUAAAAAUUUCGGGGAAAAAAACUGGGCAAAGGGUUUUUGUUAAUGCCAAUGAUCAUUAUGUAUCUCCUAUUAUAAGAACAUGUUUUAACGGAUUCUAUGUAACCAUUGUGGCAUCCAAAAGAACAAGUCUCUUCCACACAA